AUGUUGCAGAACCUUCUGAAAGAUGGCUUGUCCCUCCUUAUCCAAAAUAUAUUAACAGUUUUUGCUGGAUUGUUCAUAGCCUUAAUGGAGAACUGGAUGUUGACGUUGAUACUUGUUGCAUUGUGUUCUAUGUUGGCAAUGCUAAGCUUCAUUCAAACAAAAUUCCUCAAAAGAUUUGCUGCAGAUGCUGAGCUUAUUUAUGCUGAGCAAAGUCAAGUUGCAAGUGAUGCCAUUGGAAAUAUAAGAACAGUCGCGUCAAUUUGUGCAGAAGAUAAGGUGAUGGAGUUAUAUCGGAAAAAAUCUGGCACCAAAAUGACACACUGGAUCCGACUAGGAAUUAUAAGAAGCGUCAACUUUGGCAUUUCUCAAUUUGGAUACUUUUUCAGAAGUGCCUUGUGUUUCUACAUUGGUUCCGUUCUUGUUGAACACAAGAAAGCAAUUGUGGCAGAACUUUUCAAGGUUUACUUGGCUUUCAUAGCCUCAGCAGUAGGAAUUGCACAAGCCAAUGGUACGAUAUUAGAUGCAAAUAAAGUCUCUGCUUUGGCUAGUUCAUUGUAUAACAUUUUUUACAGCAAAGAGACAAAUGGUUCCAGUAGCACAACGGGCAUGACACUGAAAAAUCUAAGAGGUGACCUUCAAUUCCAAAAUGUUAGCUUCAGUUAUCCAUCUCAGCCAAAUGUACAAAUUCUGAAAGAUGUGUCCUUGAACAUUUCUCCUGGAAAGACCUACUUCAAUCCACUGGACUCUAUAACUCUUGUUGGUUUUAGGCUCCAACUGGACUUGGAUUGCCGUUGUUUUGUUGGAGAAAAUGGGAAUGGCAAGUCAGCAUUAAUAAGUCUAGUAGAGAGAUUUUAUGAUGUUAAAUCAGGAUGUAUAUUAUUGGAUGGCAAUGAUAUUCGAAACUACAACCCGAAAUGGCUGCGACAACAGAUAGCUUUGGUGAGCCAAGAGCCCAUACUCUUCAAAGAUACCAUUCGUCGCAACAUAACAUAUGGCAAGCAAGAAGAUACAACAGAAAAUGAAAUUGUUGCAGCUGCAAAAUUAGCAAAUGCACACAACUUCAUAUCAGCAUUACCUCAGGGCUAUAAUACUCAUGUCGGGGAAUGUGGUGCUCAAUUAUCCGGUGGACAAAAGCAACGGAUUGCCAUUGCACGGGCAAUAGUGAAGGACCCAAAAAUCCUAUUAUUAGAUGAGGUAACAAGUUCUCUAGAUGCAGAGUCAGAAAAAGCAGUUCAAGCUGCACUAAACCAAGUGAUGGUAAGCAAAACAGCAAUUGUUGUGACUCACAGAUUGACAGCAAUUAGAGGAAGUGACACCGUUGCAUUUUUAAGAAAUAGUGUGAUUGUUGAGAAAGGUAGACACCUGUGCAUCCCAUCCCCAAGAAUGCACAUGCGAUAG